GUGCUGCCGGAGGCCAAGGCUGCUGCCCUGUCCAGCCCGCGCAAGCCAGGCGAGGAGCUGGCGGCUGUACCAAGGAAAGAGCUUAACCAUGUUGAAAGCGGUGGAGUUCCCGGGGAACCUCUGGAGAUGGAGCAGCUGCUCCCGAAGCAGGGUGCCGCCGACUCCAGGGAGCAUCCAGCUGACACGUGUGGCAGCCAGGCAGGCGAGCCGGGAGCCCAGGUGGGACAGGCGAGCGACGGGUGGUGCGUGAUGACCUUGGCAGGAGGCCCUGAUGAUGGCUGUAAGGACAGGAGUGAGGAGCAGCCGGGUCAGCCAGCUGAGAGUAGGGACUUGGACCAUGAAGAGUGGGAAGUUGUUUCUGAGCACGUAGCCUGGGGGGAGGCUGACAAGAAUGGUAGCGUGGAAGACUCCGACAGCAAGGAAUGGGAACAAGGAGACUGCCCUGAUGGGGACUUGAAAGCAAAGAGAGUUGCGGCUGUGCCCCCCAUGUUUCAAAAUAUCCACGUGACUUUCCGCGUGCACUACAUCACACACUCUGACGCUCAGCUGAUUGGUGUUACUGGUGACCACGAGUGUCUUGGCCAGUGGCACAGCUACGUUCCCCUCAAGUACGACAAGGAUGGCUUCUGGUCUGAAUCCAUCAGUCUGCCAGCAGACACCAAAGUGGAGUGGAAAUUUAUCUUGGUGGAGAAUGGGAAGGUCAGACGUUGGGAAGAAUGCGGUAACAGGACCCUAGUGACUGAACAUGAAGAUCAAAUUGUUCAUCAGUGGUGGGGAUACCAUUAA